AUGGCCCAGCCAAGUGCAGAGCCAGUCGAAGAUUACGACUAUGAAUCCCUUCCGCCCAAUUUCUCCCUGCUGCAGAACAUGGCAGCAGGUGCCUUCGCCGGCAUAGCCGAGCACACUGUCAUGUACCCCAUUGAUGCGAUCAAGACACGAAUGCAAAUCCUCAACCCCAGCACCACACCGGCCUACUCGGGCGUCAUUCGCAAUACCUUCCAAAUUGCCCGGACUGAGGGUUUCUUCAGCUUAUGGCGCGGCAUGUCCAGUGUUAUAGUCGGCGCUGGUCCCGCACACGCCGUUUACUUUGCCACAUACGAGGCCGUUAAGCAUGCUAUGGGCGGAAACCAAGCUGGUGUUCACCAUCCUCUUGCUGCCGCCACUAGCGGUGCUGCCGCUACAAUUGCUAGCGAUGCCUUCAUGAACCCUUUUGAUGUCAUCAAGCAGCGUAUGCAGAUCCAGAACUCGAGCAAGAUGUACCGAUCCAUGGUCGACUGCGCCAAGUACGUCUACAAGACUGAGGGCUUGGGCGCCUUCUACAUCUCCUACCCGACCACCCUGUCCAUGACCGUGCCCUUCACCGCCCUCCAAUUCCUCGCCUACGAGUCUAUUUCUACCGCCAUGAACCCCGAAAAGACAUACGAUCCCUUGACCCACUGCUUGGCUGGUGCCGUGGCUGGUGGUUUUGCCGCUGGUCUUACGACUCCCAUGGAUGUCAUCAAGACCAUGCUUCAGACCCGUGGUACCUCUACCGAUCCUGAAGUGAGGAGUGUAAACAGUUUCGUGGGUGGUUGCCGAUUGUUGUAUAAGCGGGCGGGUUUCUUGGGUUUCUUCAAGGGUGUGCGGCCUCGUGUCGUUACCACCAUGCCCAGUACUGCCAUCUGCUGGUCGGCAUAUGAGUUUUCCAAGGCCUACUUCAUCAAGCGAAACGAUUCUUCUUGA